AAGGCGAAUGGGAGCUGGCGGAGAGUGACCAGUGUUAUAUUAUUAGGGUAGUAAUCUAAGACUUGAACGUUGUUUACAUCAAGUCCCUUCACAGAAUAAACAUGGAUGAAGAUAACCGAGUGCCUGAAGAUCUCUCACUGGAAGAGAGAGAUGAACUGUCCAACAUUAGACGGAGGAAAAAAGAGUUGCUAGAUGACAUUGAGCGGUUAAAGUUUGAGAUCUCAGAAGUCAUGACAGAGAUUGAACAUUUAACGUGUGUCAGAGAGACCAAAAGCACUCAGAAGAACAAGCAGAUUGCUGUUGGAAGAAAGAAAUUCAAUAUGGAUCCUAAAAAGGUAUUAUUGUUGCUAUUGCUUUAUUCACCUUACACUCUUAAAAAUAAAGGUGCUUCACGAUGCCAUAGAAAUGACUUCAACAUUAAGGUUUUGCAGGCAUUUGUGGAGCUUCAUGAGUUUGCAUUUCUAUCAGCAUGGAGUCAUAAGUCAACUACUAAAAAAAUUAAAAUGAGAAAAAAGAGAGUUGUAUACUGUUCAUAUAGUAUCUUUAUAUCCAUUCUCCAUUUAAUUUGCCAUUGUGGACCUUCAGAGCUGACUGACCGAUCCAAGUUUUUUCUCUCCACAGACACAUGCUAUGUUCUUUCAUUCUCUGUCAUCAUGCUCAACACCAGCCUGCACAACCCUAAUGUCAGAGACAAGCCCUCGGUGGAAAGGUUCAUAUCCAUGAAUCGGGGCAUCAACGAGGGAGGAGAUCUGCCUGAGGAACUGCUCAGAAAUUUAUAUGAAAGCAUUAAGAAUGAGCCUUUCAAAAUUCCUGAAGACGAUGGGAACGAUCUAACUCACACAUUCUUUAAUCCAGACAGAGAGGGAUGGCUGCUAAAACUAGGGGGAAGAGUGAAGACCUGGAAGAGGAGGUGGUUCAUUUUGACAGAUAACUGUCUGUAUUACUUUGAAUAUACAACAGACAAAGAGCCUCGGGGGAUCAUUCCACUGGAGAAUCUUAGUAUAAGAGAGGUGGAAGAACCAAGAAAAUCAAAUUGCUUUGAGCUCUACAACCCCAGUCAUAAGGGGCAGGUAAUUAAGGCAUGCAAGACAGAGGCUGAUGGGAAGGUGGUGGAGGGGAAUCACGUGGUGUACAGAAUAUCCGCACCCACGCCAGAGGAGAAAGAAGAGUGGAUCAAAUCCAUCAAGGCAAGCAUUAGCAGGGAUCCUUUCUAUGACAUGCUGGCUACUAGGAAACGGCGAGUGGCCGCUAAAAAGUGAGCCAUGGACCUUCAGUUUGGGUUUAAUAAUCACUCUUCAAGUGGAAACCUUCACAUGGGAUCCUGCAUGUUGCAGGAGGUGACAGACAGACAGAGACACAAGCUCUCUGAACAUAAAGAAGGACACGAUUUUAAAAAUGAUGGUGUCUGUAUAGGUCCUGAGGUAAUCUAAGGGAUAAUGUGCUAAAUAUUUAUCUUUGAAUGGAUUGUAAGGGGAAGACAGUGAUGGUAAUGAUGCAAUUAUGUGCUGAAUGUUUGUCAAAAAGAACUUUGCUUAAAGAGUGAUGACUGAUUCAACUGUGCUACGAUAUUUGCCUAAUUUCAUGUGAGGGUCUAAUAUAGAGCCCCCUGCUGCCUACAACAGGAACUGUUUGCUAUUGCAAAUUUCCAGGUAUAGUUAUAUGGAGAUGUUCACAAGGCAAAAGUCUAAAUUUAAGCUCUUGUAAUGAUAUUAGAUGUUGAUGAAAUGUAUGUUAAGUAUACCAAACUACUGUUAAUGUCAAUUCCACUCACCGUUUUUUUCAGAAAUUUCAGAUGUUGUCUAUGAAUACAGAAAAUAGAUCCAUAUGGCAGGGAGUCAUGAGGAGUGUAAUUUUCAGUGCUAUUGUUUAAUUUCAAAUAUUAUUAAUUGUGCAUCGGUAGUUUUAAAUGAUUUUAUUUUCAUUUGUGUCAUAUCAUAGUCAUCCAAAUCAGCAGGACUGGUUGCAUUACUUGGAAGAGAAAAUAACCAGAAAGCUUUUUCAUUUUAUAUUUAUGUUUUUAAGGUCCUUAAUAGUAUUAUAAAAUACUGUAAAAAUCUAUUUCUGAAGUUCUCUUACUAUGAUAAUAUUAUUUAAUGUCUUUUUAAGAAUAAUGCAAACUCUA